AUCCGACGAAGACGCAUUUCUUAACAAUCCUCGUAGCAUAUCGAUAAUGAGUAACAAAACGACGUCAACUUAUAUGCAAGCUCUACGUAGAUUAGCGAACAUUACCAUAAACGAAGAACUGUUAGUUACCGACAAUCGCGCGCGCUCACAAUCACAUCGCGGCACGAAAGAAACGCAUCCGGCCAACAAAGAGAAUUUCAUUAAAAUCAGCGUGGUUAAGUCCGAUACGAAAGGCAGCCGUAAACAGCCGCCGACGGUUAAAAAGCCGGAAAGCGCCACGAAAGUUAAAUUAAGUCCGAAUACGAAUGUGCAGUUGAAAAACGCAACCGUUACAUACCACCGCGGUACUGUUGGCGGUGGCAUUCGUCUUGUUACGACCACAUUGAAACCCAAAACAAAUAACACAAUAAUCAAAAAAAUUAAACCCACGUGGCCGUUCACCACAAUUAAUAGCAAGCACGAUCUUAAUAGAUACAAGAAUUACACUCAGUUGCACCGUAAUAGUAAUUCUACAAAGAAGAAUGAACAGAAGCAACAACAACCACAAGCGCAACUACAACCGCAACCACAACCUGAUUUUGUUUUGUAUCACAUUCCCGCACCAGAUCCAAUGCCUGAGGUGACUUCUUAUUCCCCGCAAUAUACUUUUGAAAGACCUCCUCAGACUCCCCAAUCAGAUCUAAAUGAUAAUAUUGUUCCAUUGAGCGCGGUUGAAACCUCAUCCAAUGGUUAUCCUGCUGAUGAUCCUAGUGACCUAGGUGAUAUAGUCGAUAUUCCUCUUGGUACUGUUGAUUUGGAUCUUAUUCCAGAUGCGCAAACCCAAGGGGAGUUCUAUUCGGCCAAUUCAGGGGGUAACCCUUGUCCUUCUUAUCAUUUGACUAGUAAUGUGUUUGCACCUCAAUCAAAACAAGCCGGUUGUCCUGAUUUGAAUGUAGUACUUAAUUCCCAUUAUCACCCAGCUACGGAUACACGUCGGCCGGAAACUGAAGCAGUGGCACCUGCUGCGUCUGCUCCUUUAGCUGAACCUGCCGCUCCGGCAGCAGCUGCUGCUGCUCCUGCCGCUGCUCCAGCAGCCGGGCCUGCUGGUCCAGCUGGAGCGGGUGGCUUUCCUCCAUUAGGUGUACCCCAACUCCCUGAAUUUCCUAUGUUGCCUAAUUUGUCAAUUCCGGAUUUGAAAGGUUUAAUGGGUAUAUUCGGUGGGCUUUGGAAUAUUGUUCGGACUGUGUUUACAUACCUCUGGCCUGUUUUAGUUGCUAUACCUGUAAUUGUUUUUGUCAAAACAUUGAUAGCUACCUUUUUCGCGAUUUUCCCGUGGUGGUUCCCUGCGCUUUUCUUCGUCGCCAAGUCCGAUAAUAAGGAAAAAACACAUUAUCAUUAUAAACAUGUCCACAAACCGGUUGUGCAUCCAGAUGGAUGGUUUUGGAAUCACCAAACUAAAACGUGGACGAAUAUUUUAGACACUACUAAAUUAUCAGGUGGUCAUCAUCCUUACAAAGGACACCGUCCACUGCGUAUAAAACAUAAACGAAGUUUAGAAGAAUAUAAAGCUAAAUUUAGAUAGGUAUCAAAUACGGCCAUAAUAAAUUUGAAAUUAUUGAUAAAUGGAAAAGAAAACGUUGAGCUUGCAUAUAAGUAAAUGGCAACAACUGUUAUUUAGUUGAUAAUUGUUAUUUAUUAUGUAAAUUAUUUAAUUUAUUUUAUUUCAGAAACAUUUGUGUAUAUAUUAUUUAUUGUACGUGUAAAGAAAAAUAAUAAUGAGAGAAACAAAUUA